AUGGAAAGGGUAGGCCUGGGGGCCUCGGGCAAGGACAGCUUCAUGGUACGGCCGGACUGCCCUGUGUAGUCAGCUCUAUGGAAAUACACACCUCUGUUAUUCACACUGAUAUUAGACUUACCUGUCAAUGUGGGUGGUGGUUCUGGAACAGAUGGGGACGAGGGGAAAAGUCAUGGUAGAUUUCCAUCAGUUUGGAAAUGGGAACCCACAAAAGAUUGAAUGACAUUCUAAAAAUUAUAAAUAUUUCAACAGCAUUUUUGUGAUCAACAGUUUUAUAGAUUUUAUUUUUUACAUACACAAAAGCCUACAAAAUGGAGGCCUAAGAUUAGUUGUUUUCCUUUUCUUUUGAGUGUUUAUUCAGAACCCUCUAGCAUGAACAACUGUCCUGGGAAAUGUAAUCUGAAGACGAGAGAGAAAAAAAGUUGCAGGGAGCAAGUCAAGGAUGGCCCGUGUGUGCUCAGACAAAGCUUUUAACUGGAGUGCCUCAUAUUUUGGAGUCCUUAAUCUUCACAUCAGGGAAUGUACGGGCUAAAAGCAGCCAGGAGCCAGGAGCAGCUCCCCCAGGAGCCAGGAGCAUAGAGCUGGGAACUAAUGACAUAUGUUUAUGAAGGUGGAGAAGGAAGCUGUGAAUAAAAUGGGGUCGACCUCAGAAUGGACUGACCUGAGUGACAUUGAUUAGAAUUAGAAUGUGAUGUGUGCACGGUGGCGGGGAUGGGGGGGACAGGCGAAUCUAACGCUUGGCUGGAGGGGGGUGCUUGCUGCUCGCUUCAAACCAAGAGCGCAUAGUGACUGAGGGGGAUGUGGUGGCGGUAUGGGGUUCUAGUGGGGGGGGGGGAACGGUGAUUGCACAGCUAAGACUGUAAAUCCUGAGCUGUGCUCUCGCCUGGGGGCAGCCAAGCUGUUUAUCAGCAUCUCCAUUUGAAAUAAAUCAUUCUCCAGUGCAAUGCUAUCUGCCUUGACCUACUUCUGGAGCCUCUCUGACUUGUUGCUUCGAGUUUUGGUCAAGACCGCUACCACUUUAGACAGCGUCUUGAUGUAUUAGGUCCUGCAGACAUGGCUGUUCUGUUGCUCCUAUUUACUUUGAUGCUUUUUUUGGUUGAUGGCAGUUAAUUAGGGGAAACCUGAAGCUGACAUUAGUGGAAUCCUGCCCCACCACUUCAUGUGAAGGGCUGGACAGAUAUAGGUCAACAUAACUAAUGGUCAGUUUGAUAUCAGAAGUGUCCAUGACUUUGUGGGCUGCCUUGUGCUUUGUGUUGUGAUUGUUGGCUUGUGUGUUGUGUGCUAUUAAGAGAGCUGAGAGUGAUGGGGGUAGAGUGUCCAGCUCGCUGUGGGGUUCGGGGGAAGAAGGGGUGGGGGGGAGGGGUGUUGAAAGAAGAGCUGUUUAUUGCCUACGCGCUACAGAAACUGCAUGACUGGGUAUUUGUGACAACUAGAGUCCUGCCUGCCACAUCUGCCCCAGGCACUGUGCAUUCUACCAGCCAGCCUGGAAUCAAUCACUUUCCACAGUUAAGCUAAAGAGGCUGUUUCAAGGCCCACUGACUGUCCUCUGUUUGUCUUAGUGCUCAUAAUAAAAGGGAAAUAUUACAUGGAGCCCUUUUGUCUUUUGUGUUAGCCAUCUCACCCUAGUCUGAGACCACUAGGGAAGUGAAAGUGACUUAUUUUUAGAUGAUUUGGAAACAAUUCCUAAUUUCUGAGUUCAGCCAGUCAGUCAGUCAGUCAGUUAUCAUGCUGGGUCAAAAGAAGUGAUAAUUAUUCUGUGGGCCAUCUAUCUCUCUGCCCCUUUCAUCUUGUCCUCUGAAUCUAGGGCACAGGCUCAGCAUCAACAAAACGGUCUAUUUCAGCUGGAGUAAAAGGACAGUCGGCACCCAAUGUGUUUAAGUACACGGCAAUACCUGUUAGUUAAUGACUUUCUAUGUUGAAUUGGCCAUUUUGUGAAAGUAGGUUUUUAGGCCAUUUUAUUAGCUGUUUUUGGCCCCAUAGCACCCUGUGGGUCUGUUGGAUUCCAAGGGAGCUCUGGACACUACAGUACGAUACUAUCACCUAGGUAGAGAGACAUAAGGCCCAAUGGUUAAGGCCCAUAUAUCAGCCUCACUGUUCCAAUGGCUGAGUAGAGGUUGCCACUUUGAGACCUAGGAGGUCCCACGUGGCCUGGGUUAUUGGCUUAACCAGUGGCUUAUUUAGGGCAGUUUUAUGGCUUGAGAACAGCAGAGGGCCAAGCUCAUUCUCAUAUCAAUACAUUAAAAGACUUUGGUCCAGCUACUUUGGUGCAGUAACAAAUACACUUCUAGAUUACAUUUACUCUAAUCACCUUCUGGGAAGAUAAAAUGUACUCAUUACAUAACUGUGUGUUGUUCCAAAGCAAUAACAUCAAAACAGCAACGCUACAAGGUUGAUACAAGUGUGUCACAGAGCAGUGGUUCCCAAGCUGGGGUCUGCGGAUCGCGGAGGUACUAUAUAAGAAAAAAUAUAUAUAUAUAUUGCUAGCAGAUUAAACACAUUUGGCCAAGGGCCAUGUGGAAAAUUUUAGAGGGUGCAAUACAAUACAAUGUAAUAUUAUUCAUCUACAAUAUACCCUUAAAUGCACAACAGGGCCAACAGGGAGGUCACAGGGAUCCACAGUACUCCAUCAAUGAUCCAGUAUUCAACUGAAUAGUUCUUGUAUUCCCCCAAAAUUUUUGUUUUUAACAUAGAUGCACUGUAAUUUAAGCUGUAAAACUGCAAAAUGUUCUCUCUGCCUCAUGGCAAAUGUGUAGAGUUGCAGGAAAUGAGCUUUAAAACUGCAAAAUGGUCUCUCCGAUGCGAAAAGGGGUGCCUUUAAAAUGUUCUUUCCCUGGGCCCGAGACUUGGUUAGUCCGACCAUGCACUACAGCAGUCAUAGUAAAACACCUUGUAUGCUAUUUUAUUGCACUCUAAAGUCAAAGUUGUGUCCCCUGACCCAAAAAGUUUGAGAACCCCUGUCACAGAGUGUAGCAUGCAGAAUACAGUAAUACUGGUAUAGGUAGAUGAUUAACAUGGUGCUCUACAGAUGAACACCUUUUGCAUUUGGCCUGUUUAAGACUAUUUAUACAUCUACAAUUGAAGUCGGAAGUUUACGUACACCUUAGCCAAAUACAUUUAAACUCAGUUUUUCACAAUUCCUGACAUUUAAUCCUAGUAAAAAUUCCCUGUUUUAGGUCAGUUAGGAUCACCACUUUAUUUUAAGAAUGUGAAAUGUCAGAAUAAUAGUAGAGAGUGAUUUAUUUCAGCUUUUAUUUAUUUUAUUUCAUCACAUUCCCAGUGUGUCAGAAGUUUACAUACACUCAAUUAGUAUUUGGUAGCAUUGCCUUUAAAUUGUUUAACUUGGGUCAAACGUUUCGGGUAGCCUUCCACAAGCUUUCCACAAUAAGUUGGGUGAAUUUUGGCCCAUUCCUCCUGACAGAGCUGGUGUAACUGAGUCAGGCCUCCUUGCUCGCACAUGCUUUUUCAGUUCUGCCCACAAAUGUUCUAUAGGAUUGAGGUCAGGGCUUUGUGAUGGCCACUCCAAUACCUUGACUUUGUUGUCCUUAAGCCAUUUUGGCACAACUUUGGAAGUAUGCUUGGGGUCAUUGUCCAUUUGGAAGCCAUUUACGACCAAGUUUUAACUUCCUGACUGAUGUCUUGAGAUGUUGCUUCAAUAUAUCCACAUAAUUUUCCUUCCUCAUGAUGCCAUCUAUUUUGUGAAGUGCACCAGUCCCUCCUGCAGCAAAGCACCCCCACAGCAUGAUGCUGCCACCCCCGUGCUUCACGGUUGGGAUGGUGUUCUUCGGCUUGCAAGUUCCCCCUUUUUCCUUCAAACAUAACAAUGGUCAUUAUGGGAAAACAGUUCUAUUUUUGUUUCAUCAGACCAGAGGACAUUUCUCCAAAAAGUACGAUCUUUGUCCCCAUGUGCAGUUGCAAACCGUAGUCUGGCUUUUUUAUGGCGGUUUUGGAGCAGUGGCUUCUUCCUUGCUGAGCGGCCUUUCAGGUUAUGUCGAUAUAGGACUCGUUUUACUGUGGAUAUAGAUACUAUUGUACCUGUUUCAUCCAGCAUCUUCACAAGGUCCUUUGCUGUUGUUCUGGGAUUGAUUUAACUUUUCACACCAAAGUACGUUCAUCUCUAGGAGACAGAAUGCGUGGUCCCAUGGUGUUUAUACUUGCGUACUAUUGAGAUGAACGUGGUACCUUCAGGCAUUUGGAAAUUGCUCCCAAGGAUGAACCAGACUUGUGGAGGUCUACAAUUCUUUUUCUGAGGUCUUGGCUGAUUCAUUUUGAUUUUCCCAUGAUGUCAAUCAGAGGCACUGAGUUUGAAGGUAGGCCUUAAAAUACAUCCACCUGUACACCUCCAAUUUACUCAAAUUAUGUCAAUUAGCCUAUCAGAAGCUUCUAAAGCCAUGACAUCAUUUUCUGGAAUUUUCCAAGCUGUUUAAAGGCACAGUCAAUUUAGUGUAUGUAAACUUCUGACCCACUGGAAUUGUGAUACAGUGAAUUAUAAAUUAAAUAAUCUGUCUGUAAACAAUUGUUGGAAAAAUUACUUGUCAUGCACAAAGUAGAUGUCCUUACCGACUUGCCAAAACUAUAGUUUGUUAACAAGAAAUUUGUGGAGUGGUUGAAAAACGAGUUUUAAUGACUCCAACCUAAGUGUAUGUAAACUUCCGACUUCAACUGUAUACUGCUGUUUUUGUGCACGGUGCGUACAGAUUUAUCUUGGGUUAUUUGAGGAUAGUGGUCAGAGAAUAUCGGUGUGGAGAAAGGGGUCUUACAUGCUCACAUCAAGCACACAAUCUCUUUUAGGCGUUGCCUUAGGACAAAAGAAGGGAAAGUGUUUUUCAUAGAAAUAAUCUGUUCCUUUUUUUGAUAGAAGGUAUAGUACACACUGUUCUCUACCAGGAUGGGGCUAGGAAGAGCGAUUGCAAACUGAUUAACUUAACUGCUGUGUAAGGACAGAGCAUUCAGUUAGCAACCACAGAGUAAUACUGUGUAAUAGAUGAGAGUAGAGGCACAGCUUUCAAGAUGUGUGCUGAUGUACUUUGGAAUUAGUUUGGAAAAGUGAUAUGCUAUGCCUAGUUGACUUUCAUAUGCUUCAGAUGGGGCUUCAUUUGAAAUCGCAUUAAGCCAGAGACUGCCUGGCUGUCACCCUGAGCAGUUGAAUCAUACGUAAUGUCAAUAACCUCAGUCUUCCCAUUUACCAUGUUUUGCUCUCCAAUUAAAUGUGUAGCCUAAUUGAUGGCUAAUGGAAGGGUCAUCCUUUGCGGUGCAUUAUACAUUAGUUACCAAAACGUUUCGGAUUGUAUAACACAAACGCAAGGCUUUUCAUUUAGCAUGUUUAGAAUUCCCACAGGGACCAGUACAAAAAAAAAGUAUUGAAAUGAAUGCACUCACUGCUGUAAGUCGCUCUGGAUAAGUGCGUCUGCUAAAGUACUCAAAUGUAAAUGUAGAAUAUGCAGACAGAAAGCACAGCUGAAUAUGCUAAAACUGCUUGGUCAUAAACAUUUAUAGUUUUACACAUGGUCUCCUCAGUGAUCUAACGCUAUCUCUGUUUCCCCUGACAACAGUACAUCAAGAUCCCUGCCCCGUCCCCAGAGGCCCCAGAUGCACUCCGGGUCUUCUCCUUCUACCUAUCCAGUGAUGGCAAGGACAAACCUCAGGCCAGCUUUGACUGCAUCCACCACCAUGUCUCAGGGUAAGCCCUCGCUACUGUUUUCAGUCAACCACAGAUGGAAUUCUCAGCCAGUUCACAGUAGAGCUGGGAUGAUAAACCAAACAUUUGACACCGAUCACUUAUUGUAGACAUUUUGCUGAUAUUGUUCAUUAUGAUAAGUAGCCUAUACUAGAGAAAUGUAAAGUUUUUAAAAUGAAAUAAGUUUGAUAAUAUGGGUGAUUGUUAAUGGAACAAUUGAUGGCUACAACCAUCAAACUAGUAAUCGUUUUAAAGGAUAAUAAAUAAAUAAAUGUGGUGCUCAUUGUUAGAAACUUUGUUGUAUUUAUUGUUAUGGCAUCAAUUCAGGCAAUUUAUCGCAAUAUGGAUUUAUGCCCAUAUUGCCCAACUCUAGUUCAGUCAGAUUUGGACCACAGGGCUUCUGAGACACUGCUCUCUCUCGCUCUCAUUGCUAACACAAGUAACCCUUGUCCCCAUGUGAACGUCCGCUAGAAACAAGUGACAGCUUAUCCCCGACUGUUUUUCUUACCAUGUAUAGUUCAGUCUUAUUUUCGAACUACUCAUAAGCUCUGACCUUUUGAGUUAAGCACUAUUUGUUGAGCUCUUGUUUUUCCUUUGAGUUACUGUAAGCACCUAUUUAGCGUGCUGUGUUGCUAAAGUUUGAAUGCUGGUGUAUUAGUAUUUAAUAUUUUAUUAGGAUGCCCAUUAGCUGUUGCUGAAGCAGCAGCUACUCUUCCUGGGGUCCACACAAAACAUAAAGCAUGGCAUAGUACAGAACAUGAAUAGACAAGAGCAGCUCAAGGAUAGAACAACAUACAUUUUAAAUGAGAAAAAUAGACCUAACAAAGUCCUGUACUGACACAACACAGAGAAACAGAGGGACCAACAGUGCCUUGCAAAAGUAUUCAUACAGUGAGGGAAAAAAGUAUUUGAUCCCCUGCUGAUUUUGUAUGUUUGCCCACUGACAAAGACAUGAUCAGUCUAUAAUUUUAAUGGUAGGUUUAUUUGAACAGUGAGAGACAGAAUAACAACAAAACAAUCCAGAAAAACGCAUGUCAAGAAUGUUAUAAAUUGAUUUGCAUUUGAGGGAAAUAAGUAUUUGACCCCUCUGCAAAACAUGACUUAGUACUUGGUGGCAAAACCCUUGUUGGCAAUCAGAGGUCAGACGUUUCUUGUAGUUGGCCACCAGGUUUUCACACAUCUCAGGAGGGAUUUUGUUCCACUCCUUUUUGCAGAUCUUCUCCAAGUCGAACCUUCAGCUCCCUCCACAGAUUUUCUAUGGGAUUAAGGUCUGGAGACUGGCUAGGCCACUCCAGGACCUUAAUGUGCUUCUUCUUGAGCCACUCCUUUGUUGCCUUGGCCGUGUGUUUUGGGUCAUUGUCAUGCUGGAAUACCCAUCCAUGACCCAUUUUCAAUGCCCUGGCUGAGGGAAGGAGGUUCUCACCCAAGAUUUGAUGGUACAUGGCCUCGUCCAUCGUCCUUUUGAUGCGGUGAAGUUGUCCUGUCCCCUUAGCAGAAAAACACCCCCAAAGCAUAAUGUUUCCACCUCCAUGUUUGUCGGUGGGGAUGGUGUUCUUGGGGUCAUAGGCAGCAUUCCUCCUCCUCCAAACACGGCGAGUUGAGUUGAUGCCAAAGAGCUCGAUUUUGGUCUCAUCUGACCACAACACUUUCACCCAGUUCUCUUCUGAAUCAUUCAGAUGUUCAUUGGCAAACUUCAGACGGCCCUGUAUAUGUGGUUUCUUGAGCAGGGGGACCUUGCGGGCGCUGCAGGGUUUCAGUCCUUCACGGCGUAGUGUGUUACCAAUUGUUUUCUUGGUGACUAUGGUCCCAGCUGCCUUGAGAUCAUUGACAAGAUCCUCCCGUGUAGUUCUGGGCUGAUUCCUCACCGUUCUCAUGAUCAUUGCAACUCCACGAGGUGAGAUCUUGCAUGGAGCCCCAGGCCGAGGGAGAUUGUGCCCCUAAUCUCAGCUCGUUACCUGUAUAAAAGACACCUGGGAGCCAGAAAUCUUCCUGAUUGAGAGGGGGAUCAAAUACUUAUUUCCCUCAUUAAAAUGCAAAUCAAUUUAUAACAUUUUUGACAUGCGUUUUUCUGGAUUUUUUGUUGUUGUUGUUCUGUCUCUCACUGUUCAAAUAAACCUACCAUAAAAAGUAUAGACUGAUCAUUUCUUUGUCAGUGGGCAAAUGUACAAAAUCAGCAGGGGAUCAAAUACUUUUUUCCCCCACUGUAUACCUUGGAUUUCUUCACAGUUUAUUGUUACAAAGCGGGAUUAAAAUGGAUUUAAUUGUAAUUUUUUGUCAAUAAUCUACUCAAAAUACUCUGUCAAAGUUAAUAAGGGCCUCCCGAGUGGCGCAGUGGUCUAAGGCGCUGAAUCGCAGUGCUAGAGAUCCUGGUUCGAGUCCAGGCUCUGUCGCAACCGGCCGCAACCGGCCGGACCCAUGGGGCGCGGCGCACAAUUGGCCCAGCGUCGUCCAGGGUAGGGGAGGGUUUGGCCAGCAGGGAUGUUCUUGUCCCAUCGCGCACUAGCGACUCCUGUGGCGGGCCAGGCGCAGUGCACGCUGACUAGGUCGCCAGGUGUACAAUGUUUCCUCCGACACAUUGGUGCAGCUGGCUUCCGGGUUAAGCGGGCACUGUGUCAAGAAGCAGUGCGGCUCGGUUGGGUUGUGUUUCGGAGGAUGCAGCGGUGGGACAAGACUGUAACUACCAAUUGGAUACCACGAAAUUGUGGAGAAAAAGGGGGUAAAAUACCCCCCAAAAAAUUAUUACAAAAAUAUAGUAAUUGCAUAAGUAGUCAGCCCCUAUGUUCAGGCAUGCCUAAAUUAGUUCAGGAAUAACAUUUGGCUUAAAAAAUCACAUAAGUUACAUGAAAUAAUAAGGUUUGACAUUUUUUUACUGACCCUUCCUCUGUCCACCAUACAUACAACAAGAAUUGAAUUUCAUGCACAGAUUCAACUACAAAGCUUCAUAAAGAAGGCCAUUGUUUGUUAGAUGGGUAACAAUAACAAAUCAGCAUGGUCAAGUUAAUAAUUAUGCAGUGAUUUAUGUAUUAAACAACCCAGACAUAUACAGUCAUCCUUCUGAACUGAGCUGCAGGACCGGAAGGAAACUGCUCAGGGAUGUUACCAUGAGGCCAUUGAUGAUUUUAAAACAGAGUUCAAUGGCUGUGAUGGGAGAAAACUGAGGAUGGAUCAACAACAUUGUAGUGACCCCACAAUAAUGGCUUAAAUGAAAAGAAGAAUACAAAUAUUCCAAAACAUGCAUCUUGUAUGCAACAAGGCACUAAAGUAAUACUGCAGAAAAACACGGCAAAGGAAUACACUUUAUGGCCUAAAUGCAAAGUCCUAUGUUUUGGGAAAAUCCAACAUAGCACUGAGUAACUGCAUCCUUAUUUUCAAGCAUAGUGGUGGCUGCAUCAUGGUAUGGGUAUGCUUGACAUCGGCAAAUACUGGGGAGUUUUUCAGGAUAAAAAGAAACAGGAUGGAGCUAAGCACAGGCAAAAUCCUAGAGGAAAACCUGCUUCAGUCUGCUUUACAUUAGGAGAGAAUUUCACCUUUCAGCAGGACAAUAACCUACAACACAAGGCCAAAUCUACACUGGAGUUGCUUACCAAGAUGGCAGUGAAUGUUCCUGAGUGGCCAAGUUACAGUUUUGACUUAAAUCUGCUUGAAAAUAUAUGGCAAGACUUGAAAAUUGCUGUCUAGCAUCUUGACAGAGCUUGAGGAAUUAUGAAAAGAAUAAUGGGCUAAAAUUGCACAAUCCAGGUGUGUAAAGCUCUCCCCAAGAAGACUCACAGAUGUAAUUGUUGCCAAAGGUGUUUCUAACAUGUAUUAACUCAGGGAGCUGAAUACUUAUGCAAUUACUAUAUAUUUUUGUUAUUUCAUUAAUUAAAUAAUAUUUGAAAAAAUGUUAAUUUUUCUUCCACUUUGACAUUAGAGUAUAUUGUGUAGAUUGACAACAAAUUACAAUUAAAUCCAUUUUAAUUACGCUUUCUGACCAAAUAAAAUGUGAAGAAAUCCCAGGGGUAUGAAUACUUUUGCAAGGCACUGUAUUACUCUAGGCCUACAUUCAUUUCCACUUUCUUAUAUUACAUUUACAUUGAGUAGUACAGUGGCUUGCCAAAGUAUUCACCCCCCUUGGCAUUUUUCCUAUUUUGUUGCCUUACAACCUGGAAUUAAAAAAUAUUUGUAUCAUUUGAUUUACACAACAUGCCUACCACUUUGAAGAUGCAAAAUAUUUUUUAUUGUGAAACAAACAAAAAAACAGAACUUGAGCGUGCAUAACUAUUCACCCCCCCAAAGUCAAUACUUUGUAGAGCCACCUUUUGCAGCAAUUACAGCUGCAAGUCUCUUGGGGUAUGUCUCUAUAAGCUUGGCACAUCUAGCCACUGGGAUUUUUGCCCAUUCUUCAAGGUAAAACUGCUCCAGCUCCUUCAAGUUGGAUGGGUUCCGCUGGUGUACAGCAAUCAAUUGGAUUGAGGUCUGGGCUUUGACUAGGCCAUUCCAAGACAUUUAAAUGUUUCCCCUUAAACAUUUACAUUUACGUCAUUUAGCAGACGCUCUUAUCCAGAGCGACUUACAAAUUGAACCACUCUGUUGCUUUAGCAGUAUGCUUAGGGUCAUUGUCCUGCUGGAAGGUGAACCUCCGUCCCAGUCUCAAAUCUCUGGAAGACUGAAACAGGUUUCCAUCCAGAAUUUCCCAGUAUUUAGCGCCAUCCAUCAUUCCUUAAAUUCUGACCAGUUUCCCAGUCCCUGCCGAUGAAAAACAUCCCACAGCGUGAUGCUGCCACCACCAUGUUUCACUGUGGGGAUGGUGUUCUCGGGGUGAUGAGAGGUGUUGGGUUUGCGCCAGACAUAGCGUUUUCCUUGAUGGCCAAAAAGCUCAAUUUUAGUCUCAUCUGACCAGAGUACCUUCUUCCAUAUGUUUGGGGAGUCUCCCACAUGCCUUUUGGCGAACACCAAACGUGUUUGCUUAUUUUUUUCUUUAAGCAAUGGCUUUUUUUCUGGACACAUGGAUUUAAUGGUGCUCCGUGGGAUGUUCAAUGUAUCGGAUAUUUUUUUAAUACCCAACCCUGAUCUGUACUUCUCCACAACUUUGUCCCUGACCUGUUUGGAGAGCUCCUUGGUCUUCAUGGUACCGCUUGCUUGGUGGUGUCCCUUGCUUAAUGGUGUUUCAGACUCUGGGGCCUUUCAGAACAGGUGUGUAUAUAUACUGAGAUCAUGUGACACAUCAUGUGACCCUUAGAUUGCACACAGGUGGACUCUAUUUAACAAAUUAUGUGACUUCUGAAGGUAAUUGGUUGCACCAGAUCUUAUUUAGGGGCUUCAUAGCAAAGGGGGUGAAUAUAUAUGCACGCACCACUUUUCCGUUAUUUAUUUUUUAGAAUUAUUUGAAACAAGGUAUUUUUUUUCAUUUCACUUCACCAAUUUGGACUAUUUUGUGUAUGUCCAUUACAUGAAAUCCAAAUAAAAUAUCCAUGUAAAUUACAGGUUGUAAUGCAACAUAAUAGGAACAUCGCCAAGGGGGAUGAAUACUUUUGCAAGGCGCUGUAUCUAUCAGUUAGACGCAUACAUACAUAUCAGUAUACAUAUACAUACAUAAGCUUAUUUAGGUCAGGUGUUUUAUUUGUUAGUUGAAGAUUGUAAUGUAAUGACAGAAGAUAACCAAUCUCAACUGUCUGUCUCUAGACCUUUGACCUACACAUGUGCGGUGAUGUGAUUAGUUACUUGAAAAGUAAUACUUGUUACAUUUUACAAAAGUAAUGUUACUUUACAAUAUUACUAGUUAUACUACUUUGCAUUACUUUCAUGCAAAAAAUCUAAAUCUCACCGUUUGUUUGACUGUCGGAGGGAGCAAGGCGAGCCGCGUGCGCUCUAACAAGGAUAGGCUACUUACUAACUCAGGUUUUAUAUCACAAGCGAUCAAUGGCAAAGAUCAGAGGUGCGCCCUCUAUACAUUUCUAUAGACAGCAGAUGUCAUGACAUUUCUCCAAACAAGUUGAGAUCAGGUCAUGGAAACAUGCGCUCGGUAGAGAUAUGGACUGUUUCGCUAGCACAGACUGGAAUGUUCCGGGAUUCAUCCACAUCAGUCACUGGCUUCAUUAAUAAGUGCAUCGACGACGUCCCCCCCACAGUGACCGUACGUACAUAUCCCAACCAAAAGUCAUGGAUUACAGGCAACAUCCACACUGAGCUAAAGGCUAGAACUGCCGUUUUCAUGGAGCGGGACACUAAUCCAGACGCUUAUAAGAAAUCCCGCUAUGACCGCCGAGCCAUCAAACAACAGGCAAAGCAUCAAUACAGGAAUAAAAUAGAAUCCUGUUACGCCGGCUUUGACUCUUGUCGGGUGUGGCAGGGCUUGCAAACUAUAAUGGAUUACAAAAGGAAACCCAGCCGUCCAUUGACGUGAGCUUACCGGAAGAGCUUAAAUGCCUUCUAGGGUUGGGCGGUAUCUAGAUUUUCAUACCGUCAUACCGUUUCUGUACCAUACCAGGGUAUACAGUAUUACCGAAUGUGCACACAAGGGGCGCUAUACAUAAAUAAAAAAAAUAAAAAAAUAUAUAUAUAUAACUAUUUAGGCAUCAGGAUCUUGAUCCAGGAGGGGAUUGAAUGUCUCUGCUGUAACCAAGAAGCUUGGUUUUUACAUCUAGCCAUUUAGCUAGCAAGUUAGCAAACCAAAUGCAUAGCUGUGGCCCUGAGCUCGAUCAAAUUUAUUUGACACAUCUUAGAUUUCUUAUAGGUAACUUAUAAAUAUAUUUUAUAGACUUUCUUUUUUUAUUAUUUUGAAAUACCCUGGUAUAUGGUAUCAACGUUAUAUCGCCCAAGCCUAAUGCCUUCUUUGUUCGCUUCGAGGCAAGCAACACUGAACCAUGCAUGAGAGCACCAGCAGUUACGAAUGACUGUGUGAUCACGCUCGCCGUAGCCAAUGUGAGUAAGACCUUUUAAACAGGUUAACAUUCAACAGGCCGCGGGGCCAGACGGAUUACCAGGAUGUGUUCUCAGAGCAUGCGCUGACCAGCUGGCGGGUGUCUUCACUGACAUUUUCAAUCAGACCGUAGUCCCUGUGCCCAAGAACACCAUGGUAACCUGUCUAAAUGACUAUUGCCCCAUAGCACUCACAUCUGUUAGAGAUUGCAGAUGACGCAAUCUCUAAUGCACUCCACACUGCCCUCUCCCACCUGGACAAGAGGAAUACAUAUGUGAGAAUGCUGUUCAUUGACUACAGCUCAGCGUUCACCACCAUAGUGCCCUCCAAUCUCAUCACUAAGCUCAGGACCCUAGGACUGAACACCUCCCUCUGCAACUGGAUCCUGGACUUCCUGACAGGCCGCCUCCAGGUGGUGAGGGUAGGCAACAACACAUCUGCCACGCAGACUCUCAACACGGGGGUCCCUCAGGCCCUGUUCACCCACGACUGCGUGGCUGCGCAUGACUCCAACACCAUCAUUAAGUUUGCUGACGACACAAAGGUGGUAGGCCUGAUCACUGAUGACGAUGAGACACCCUAUAGAGAGGUCAGUGACCUGGCAGUGUGGUGCCAUGACAACAACCUCUCCAUCAACGUCAGCAAGUACGCCCCCAUCCACAUCGACGGGGCUGUAGUGGUGUGGGUCGAGAGCUUCAAGUUCCUCAGUGUCCACUUCAGUAAGGAAUUAACAUGGUCCACACACACCAACACAGUGGGGAAGAAGGCACGCCAGUGCCUCUUCUCCCUCAGGAGGCUGAAAAGAUUUGGCAUGGGCACUCAGAUCCUUAAAGUUAUCCAGCUGCACCAUUGAAAGCCUCUUGUCUGGCUGCAUCACUGCUUGGUAUGGCAACUGCUUGGCAUCUGACCGCAAGGCGCUAGAGGGUAGUGCGUACAGCCCAGUACAUCACUGGGGCCAAGCUCCCUGCCAUCCAGGACCUCUAUACCAGGCGGUGUCAGAGGAAGGCCCCAACAAUUGUCAGACUCCAGCCACCCAAGUCAUCGACUGUUCUCUCUGCUACAGCAUGGCAAGCGGUACCGAUGCACAAAGUCUGGUACCAGCAGGACUCUGAACAGCUUCUACCCCCCAAGCCAUAAGACAACUAAAUAGUUGACCAAAUAGCUACCCGAACUAUCUGCAUUGACCCUUUUUGCAUUAACUCUUUUGACUCAUUACCUAUGCUGCUGCUGCUGCUACUGUUUAUUAUCUAUCCUGUUGCCAAGUCACUUUGCCCCAACCUAUAUGUACAUAUCUACCUCAAUUACCUCGUACGCCUGCACAUCGACUCGGUACUGGUACCCCCUGUAUAUAGCCAAGUUGUCGUUACUCAUUGUUUAUUUAUUUGUUGUGUUAUUAUUUGUCUAUAUUUUUCUCUCUGCAUUGAUGGGAAGGGCCCGUAAGUAAGCAUUUCAUGGUUGGUCUACACCUGUUAUUUACGAAGCAUGUGACCAAUACAAUUCGAUUUGAUUCUGAAAGUAACGCACGCAUUGUUUGACAACGUAACCGUAAUAAUAUUACCCAGUUUAAAGUAAUGGUGCAUUACUUUUGUAACACGUUACCCCCAACACUGCGCAUGUCUGAGAACGGUGAGAUCAGUGUUUGUGGUCAUGUGGGGGUCAAAGGUAGCUCUGUGCUGCUCUGUUUGCACCACAGCUCAUAGGCAUCUUCGCUUGUUGUACAGCUUAAUGCCAUAGCAUCGGAUGUGAGGAAUGAGCAUGAGGACAGAAGUCACAGAACCGGUCAUAGGAGUGAGACAUACAGUGCCUUCGGAAAGUAUUCAGACCCCUUGACUUUUUCCACAUUUAGUUAAGUUACAGCCUUAUUCUAAAAUGGAUUUAAAAAUAAUAUCCUCAGCAAUCUACACACAAUACCCCAUAUUGACAAAGCGAAAACAGGUUUUUAGAAAUGUUUGCUAAUCUAUUAAAAAUAAAAAGCAGAUACCUUAUUUACAUAAUAUUCAGACCCUUUGCUAUGAGACUCGAAAUUGAGCUCAAGUGCAUCCUGUUUCCAUUGAUCAUCCUUGAUGUUUCUACAACUUGAUUGGAGUCCACCUGUGGUAAAUUCAAUUGAUUGUACAUGAUUUGGAAAGGCACACACCUGUCUAUAUAAGGUCCCACAGUUGUCAGAGCAAAAAGCAAGCCAUGAGGUCGAAUGAAUUGUCCAUAGAGCUUCGAGACAGGAUUGUGUCGAGGCACAGAUCUGGGGAAGGGUACCAAAAAAUGUCUGCAGUAUUGAAGGUCCCCAAGAACACAGUGGCCUCCAUAAUUCUUAAAUGGAAGAAGUUUCGAACCACCAAGAUUCCUAGAGCUGGCCGCCCGGCCAAACUGAGCAAUCAGGGGAGAAGGGCCUUGGUCAGGGAGGUGACCAAGAACCCGAUGGUCACUCUGACAGAGCCCUAGAGUUCCUCUGUGGAGAUGGGAGGACCUUCCAGAAGGACAACCAUCUCUGCAGCAUUCCACCAAUCAGGCCUUUAUGGUAGAGUGGCCAGACGGAAGCCACUCCUCAGUAAAAGGCACAUGACCACCUGCUUGGAGUUUGCCAAAAGGCACCUAAAGAUUCUCUGGCCUGAAUGCCAAGCGUCACGUCUGAAGGAAACCUGGCACCAUCCCGACGGUGAAGCAUGGUUGUGGCAGCAUCAUGCUGUGAGGAUGUUUUUCAGCGGCAAGGACUGGUAGACUAGUCAGGAUCGAGGCAAAGAUGAACGGAGCAAAGUACAGAGAGAUCCUUGAUGAAAACCUGCUCCAGAGCAAUCAAGACCUCAGACUGGGGAGAAGGUUCACCUUCCAACAGGACAACGACCCUAAGCACACAGCCAAGACGACGCAGGAGUGGCUUCGGGACAAGUCUCUGAAUGUCCUUGAGUGGCCCAGCCAGAUCCCGGACUUGAACCCGAUCAAACAUCUCUGGAGAGACCAGAAAAUAGCUGUGCAGCAACGCUCCCCAUCCAACCUGACAGAGCUUGAGAGGAUCUGCAGAGAAGAAUGGGAGAAACUCCACAAAUACAGGUGUGCCAAGCUUGUAGUGUCAUACCCAAGAAGACUCGAUGCUGUAAUCGCUGCUAAAGGUGCUUCAACAAAGUACUGAGUAAAGGGUCUGAAUACAUAUGUAAAUGUCAUAUUUCAUAUUUUUGUAUCUUUAAUACAUUUGCUUUGUCAUUAUUGGGUAUUGUGUGUAGAUUGAUGAGGGGGGGGAAAAAACAAUUUAAUCAAUUUUAGAAUAAGGCUGUAACAUAACAAAAUGUGGAAAAAGUCAAGGGGUCUGAAUACUUUUCGAAGGCACUGUAUGUCACACGUUGAAAGAAACACCCUAAAUACAUUUUUAUUAAAUGCUCUAUUGAUUGGGAAGUAGUGUGAGAUAUUUUGUACAUUACCAGUUGCUGCUAUGUGAGCCUGAUCCUGUCCUCUCCUCAGGGAGGGCAGGGAGCACCUGGAGGGCCAGGGCAGUAUUCAGGACAAGAUCACUGUAUGUGCCACUGAUGACUCAUACCAGAUGACCCGAGAGCGCAUGUCUCAGGUGGAGAAGGACAUCAUGAGCAGGUCGGCCAUCGAGAUCAAGCCGGGCUCCACACAUGGUAAGUCUGCAGUCACAGGCUGCCUUUACCUAUGCUGCCUGAGUUGGGUCCAAACCAGCUUUAUACUGAGCCCUUUACUGCCUGGGGAUCAAGGGCAAAAUAAUGGAGGUGUUUAAUGUUCUCGGAAAGCUUCUAAUCCAUCGCCUUCUACCAUCUUGUCCUGCUGAUAAUUGCAAUAUGGUGUGGAGGUUUUCACAUAAUUGAUCAAAGUACUGGGUUGCAAUUAUUCAUGCGAGAGGGGAUGCCUCUUUUUCUUCUCGUUUUCCCUUCAUUUUGACCAGAUUGCUCAGGCACGUUGCCAACCUGCCUGCCAGCUCCAUUAAUGUGAUUGAGUUUGCCAGAAGUAUGCACUAACUAGUCUCAUGCUGAGUGGAUGAAGUUUUGCGUAAGAGUUCAAUUACAGUGGCUGCGAUUCAAUUCGUUUUCAUCUAUUGAAAUACUGAAUAAUGUAUGCAGAUUCUCUGACGCAAAGGCCAUAAUUCAUCAUAAGGAUUUAAGAACUGAUGAAGAUCAGAAUCAAAAUGCUGUGUAUUUGCGCCACAAUGUAAAUAAAUAAUUGUGGGAGCAUAGCAGUGCUGUAGAUGUCUUUACACAGCAUCUGAACCAGUGGGACCUUUGGGAUGUGCAUUAGCUAUAUUUAAUCCAGGAGGAGGAUGUAUACACAGGCAUACUUCUGUGUCUUUUGAUGGGUUAUGUCUUGUUGAUUGAAGGGACAUGUUACAGAUGCUUUGUAUUAUAACCUGGCCAGACACAUAAAACAUUGCUGUGUUUAUGACAUUAUACACAUUUGUGGAUUUAAGCUUCUCUUUGCACACACUGACAGUUUUACAUAUAUUUUCUAAAACAUAAGUACAACAUAACAUUAAUGUUAAUUUCUGCACAGCUGUUGAAGCAAGCAGCACACAUUACCUCCCAUGCUCUGCUGCUGAAAUAGGCCUCUUGAGUGAUCUUGCACAACCCUGUUAAAUGUAGCUGGCAUUUCGAGUUUGCUGUGUAAUAUCUCUGCUGAAUGGGUGCAAAACAAAGAAGGAAUUCUUAUCCAAAUACAUAAUUUUAUAUUAAAGUUUAUCAAGUGAAAAUGUAGAAGUCCACUUGCAGCCUUAGCCUGGGAACAUUGACAUUGGUUCUCAUGUUUCAUAGGGUGUAAGGCACACAACUGGACUCGCCUUCCCACAGCAUGGACAGGACAGUAAGGCGCCCAUAUACUUGAUAUCAAAGGGAACUAUCUGUCAUAUGCGCUGCAGAGCACACAAACCUCUUGUGGUGGCCAGCAGCCGGCAGUAUUUCUGUGGUACAGUAAUGCUAUGCUUAUCUCUGACAUGUUUCUAAUUACCAACUUUAGUUUUAAUGUAUGGCUCAAAAUACCUGUACUUUCCCAGGGAAAGCAUUGUUGAAGAAAAUCUGCAAAAUGCAUUUUAAGGUCAUCUCUGACCAUUCAUACUGUAACUUUACAAAACUGUCUUAUGAAGGGAAAAACUAGUUUUUUCCGUUCAAUAUGUUCAGUGGUGAUAAAAGUAUUGGGAAGCUAUAACUGGAAACUCAUUGGCAGCCCCAUCUCCCACCACCUGAAUGCUAGUAUUAGUGCUGAGCGAUUAGUGAUUUUUGAGGUUGGUUCUGUUUUGGUUAGAUUAUUAAAAAAUAAUCAUGGUUUUCGAUUUCAGUGUCGAUUGUAUUAUUAAAUAUGUAUUAUGAAAUGACAUUACAUUGAUUUUAGAGCUUUUUAAUAGAAAUUCCAAAGCCAACAAUUGUGAACAUUCAAUUGCCAAAACAUUGAAAAUAUUCCAAUGUCACUGUCAGGUCCAAAUUGGGUAGACAUCUGUAGAAAAUAGGAAAUUACUAAGAAAUAAUAACAUAUUGUAGUUUUGUAUAUAACGUUUUAAUAUAUAUAUUUUUUAAGUCAUAGUCUCAUCUCUGCUCAGGCAGUAGCUGCCGGCCAGCUAGACCAUCUAACAUUAUCUCUGUGCUCCCCAUACUGUACUGUCUUUAGUCAUCCUAUUUAGCUAGGCUAACCUGCCUAAGUAUGCUGCAGAGCUGUCUGACUAAAUCAUUUUACUACACUGUGUGCACAAUUAUUAGGCAAGUUGUAUGUUUGAGGAUUAAUUUUAUUAUUGAACAACUACAGUGCUCUCGGUCAAUCCAAAAUGUUAAUAAACCUCAAACCUGAAUAUUUAAGAAAGUAAAAGUGAGGUUUUGGCUUUCUUUGGAGAAUAUCUAUGUGUGCACAAUUAUUGGGCAACUAUUAGUGUGCAGAAUUAUUAUGCAACUAAAUGAAAAACGGAAAGUUCCCCAUCUCACUUGUUUAUUUUAAUCUGUUAAAGUGAGAAUAAUAAACAAACAAAUCAGUGACCAACAUAGCCACCCUUCUUUUCAAUAACAGUCAUAAGCCUUCCAUCCAUGGAGUCUGUCAGUUUCUUGAUCUGUUGACGAUCAACUUUUUGUGCAGCAGCAACCACAGCCUCCCAGACACUGGUCAGAGAGGUGUACUGUUUUCCUUCACCAUAAAUCAACUGUUUAAGAAGGGACCACAAGUUCUCAAUAGGGUUUAGGUCAGGUGAGGAAGGGGGCCAUGUCAUUAUUCUUUCAUCUUUAAGGCCUUUACUGGCUAGCCACCCAGUGGAGUACUUCGAUGCAUGCGAUGGAGCAUUGUCCUACAUAAAAAUCAUGGUCUUCUUGAAAGAUGCAGACUUUUUCCUGUACCACUGCUUGAAGAAAGUGUCUUCUAAAAACUGGCAGUAGGUUUGGGAGUUGAGUUUGAGUCCAUCUUCAAUCCGAAAAGGUCCAACUAGCUCAUCUUUAAUAAUACCAGCCCAUACCAGUACCCCACCUCCACCUUGCUGGCGUCUGAGUCGAAGUGGAGCUCCGUGCCCAUUACUGAUCCAGCCACGGGCCCAUCCAUCCGGUCUGUCAAGAGUCACUCAUCUCAUCAGUCCAUAAAAUCUGUCUUCAGAUAUUUCUUGGCCCAGUCUUGACGUUUCAACUUAUGUGUCUUGUUCAGUGGUGGUCUGGUUUCAGCCUUUCUUAACUUGGCCAUGUCUCUGAGCACUGAACACCUUGUACUUCUGGGCACUCCAGGUAGGUUGCAGUUCUGGAAUAUGACAGCACUGGAGGAUAAUGGGUUCCUGGUAGCUUCACGUUUGAUUCUUCUCAAAUCUUUGGCAGUUAAUUUGCGUCUUUUUUUCUCAACACGGUUCUUGCGACCCUGUUGACUAUUUGCAACAAAACGUUUGAUGGUUCUGUGAUCACGCCCCAAUAUCUUAGCAAUUUCAAGAGUGCUGCAUUCCUCUGAAAGAGUUUUUACAAUUUUUGACUUUUCAGAGUCAGUUUAAUCUAUUUUAUGGCCCAUUUUGCCUGAGGAAAAGAAGCUGCCUAAUAAUUAUACACACCUUGAUAUAGGGUGUUGAUCUCCUUAGGCCACACCCUCCCUCAUUACACAAAUACACAUCACCUGAUAUGCUUAAAUCCAAUAAGUAUUCCAGUUUAUACAGCUUGGAGUUGGGAAAUAUGCAUAAUAAUGAUGAUAUGGUCAAAAUACUGACUUGCCUAAUAAUUGUGCACACAGUGUAGUUCUUCAAAGUGGAUAAGGCAUACUUUCAUGAACUGUCUCUAUCCCUCUCGUGUUGUGUACAGUCCUCUCUCAUGCAGUCUAUGCGGUCUGUGUGUAUCUAACCGAAAGUAGUAGGCGUAAAAGUGUAUCCGUAAAUCCAAGCCUGAAAAAACGGACUCAAUGGAUUAUGGUCAUUUUAGUUUUAUUUAACCUUUAUUUUAACAGGGAAGACAUAUUGAGACCAACACUAUAUAUGCAAAAAUAUGUGAAAACCCCUUCAAAUAAGUGGAUUCGGCUAUUUCAGCCACACCCGUUGCUGAUAGGAGUUGGACUCUGGAGCAGUGGAAACGCGUUCUCUGGAGUGAUGAAUCACACUUCACCAUCUGGCAGUCCGACGGACGAAUCUGCGUUUGGCAGAUCCCAGGAGAACGCUACCUGCUGAAUGCAUAGUGCCAACUGUAAAGUUUGGAGGAGGAAUAAUGGUCUGGGACUGAUUUUUAUGGUUCAGGCCCUUAGUUCCAGUGAAGGGAAAUCUUAAUGCUACAGCAUACAAUGACAUUCUAGACGAUUCUGUGCUUCCAAAUUUGUGGCAACAGUUUGGGGAAGGCCCUUUCCUGUUUCAGCAUGACAAUGCCCUUGUGCACAAUGCAAGGUCCAUACAGGAAUGGUUUGUAGAGAUUGGUGUGGAAGAACUUGACUUGCCUGCCCAGAGCCCUGACCUAAACCCUAUCGAACACCUUUGGGAUGAAUUGGAACGCCGACUGCGAGCCAGGCCUAAUCGCCCAACAUCAGUGCUUGACCUCACUGAUGCUCUUGUGGCUGAAUGGAAGCAAGUCCUCGCAGGAAUGUCCCAACAUCUAGUGGAAAGCCUUCCCAGAAGAGUGGAGGCUGUUAUAGCAGCAAAGGGAGGACCAACUCUAUAUUAAUGCCCAUGAUUUUGGGUGAGAUGUUUGACGAGCAGGUGUCCACAUACUUUUGGUCAUGUAGUGUAGGUCUCUUUUACAAAUGCGCCCUGUAUAUACAAAAUAAAUAUACACAUUAUACCAUAAAUAAAAUAAAUAAAAUAAAUAUAUAUAUAUACAAACAAACACAAACACAGUCAUGGGAAGCACAAAUAAAACAUAACAAAUCACCCAGAAAAACAGUUAAUUCUGGUCAUGUGGUGUAUUUGUGGAGGAAUGUAUUAUUUUUUAUUUAUUUUUGUGCUUCCCAUGACUGUGUUUUUGUAUUUAGAUCGAUAGAUCGAUCGAUUGGGUAUAAUGUGUAUAUUUACGUUGUGUGUGUGUGUGUGUGUGUGUGUGUGUGUGUGUGUGUGUGUGUAUACAGGGCGCAUUUGUAAAAGAGAUUUAAGUCCCCAAUCAAUACUUUAAAUUGUCCGAAUGGCACCAGAAUAUCAAGAUGAAAUGUAUUUACAAUUUUGUCCCAGCAAUAAGGUGCAUUAAAACUGAAAGCAGAUUUACCUAGGUCGGUGGAGACCCUAGGAACCUCAAGAGUUAACCAAUCCUGUGAACGAAUUAGGCAACUCAGGUGUCUAUACUUCAACAGCAAAGUUAGAUAAGACAGAAGUUAAUGAAGUAGGGCCUUAUAAACAGAAAGGGAACAAUGUAGAGAUCUAUGGGUCUUUAGCGAAGUCCAGCCAACCUUUUGAUACAGGAUGCAGUGAUGAGUAUCAAAACUGUCACCUGUAACAAAACGAAGGGCGCUAUGGUUGCUGGCAUCCAAAGGUUUAAGAGUAGAAGAAGCUUCACUUUGAUAAAUAAUAUCACCAUAAUCAAGAACAGAUAAAAAGGUUGACUGAAUAAUCUGCUUCCUACUGCUUAGAGAAAGGCACAAUCUGUUUCUUUAGAAAAAGCCAACUUUAAAUCUUAGCUUCUUAACCAGCUCAUCUACAGUAUGUUUUUUAAAUGUAAAAUCCAUAUCAAUCCAAAUGCCUAAGUAUUUAUAUGCGGGAACACAUUCAAUUGGAGAACCAUCUAAUGAGUGGACAUCUACUUCAUCUGAAACAUUCUCACGAGAGUUUGAAAACAACAUGAUACACUACACCUAGUUAAUUACCAAAUGUCUGCGCUGAACUAGGUUGAAUAUUUGCUUAAUGAAAACUACAACUCCCAUCAGUUCAGCAUCCCACAUAGUUCUUGACUUGAUUUCUUUUGUGAAUGAUUUGAGUUCUCUAGAGAAAGGGCGUGUUGGGUUCACACAAAAAAAAUAUAAUACUAAAUGGAAUUCAAGUAAUUGAACCGACAUUAGUCAAUUAGUUGUUUAAUAACCCGAAACCCCCCCCCAAAAUCUCAGUUAAUAGCUCAGCACUAGCUAGUAUUGAGGUUAAGAAAGGUUAGUCCAGUUAUGAUUGGGUCUGGUUAGAAUCAUGUAUCUGGUAAGGAGAACAUCAGGUAGCAGUAGGACAUGUCAAUACCCCCAAGGAGUGAGGAAUACCACACCCUGUGAGCUGUCUUUCAGAUGAGAUGAUAAGCCAAGAUCCUAAUGCUCUGUGAUCACUAAAGAUCCUAUGGCACUUAAUGCUAGAGUAGGAUUUAACCCCACCGUCCUGGAUAAACUCCAACCUGGGAACCAUGGAGAACUCAUCCUCAGCCUGUUAUAGGCUCACUAACUCCUCACUUCUCUGCUUGGUCUGGUGUCAGUCUGACGUACAUUACUUAUGGUUGUGAUGCAUUACACCUUGGUGACAGGUGGGAUGAGGAACACCCGACAAUCUCAAGCUGAGCUAUGAUGGUCUUUGGUGUAACUAUAGAUGUUGGAUGAAUGCUACUGUUAUGGUUUCAAUGUGAUAAACAUUAGUGUGUCCAAACAUGACUAUCUAGUUUAGGGUUGUCACGAUACCAGUAUCGCAAUACUACGAUACCUAAUUUUCCAUGGCAAAAAGGAAAACACAAAGCAGACUAAACUGGUCCUUUAAAACAGCUACUGUAUGUAAAAUGUUGCAUGCUAUAGCAUUGAAAAGAAAUGUGAUUCUGGGUGACAAUAUAAGGCAGCUUGUUUCCAACAAUAGGACUGUUUUCUUCAGGAAAUUCAGUCCGCUUCAUGUUUUGUUUCCUUGCAAUGAUACCUCAGAGUAUCGCGAUACUGGUAUCGUGACAACCCUAAUCUAUUUUAGUUACUGUUUUUGAUUUUGUACGGCACGAUGUUGCACAAAUAUUUUUUACCAACAACGAAACCAACCCAUAUCAUUUUCUGAAAGCAACUUUUGUUUCAGUCAAGCAUGUGCAGUGUUCUGCUGGUUUUAUGUAAAGGCUAUACAGUAGACAGAAUAGCGUUUUACAAACUUUCCCAUAACCACCUACAUGACAAGCAGAUUUAAUUUAUUGUUAGCGUCUAGUCGCUGCUUGUUUAAAAUGUGGCAAUACAGGCUAUUUCUCUACACGACAGAAAGAUAUUGGACUGGAAUAUGUAUGUGUCUUGAACCAGGGUAGCUGUUACGACAAGCUCUCGAAACUACAUUGCAUUUGGCAAAAGCAGAGAUUUACCCUCAGGCCCAGAGUUGAUUAAAAAAAAAUGAAUUUUGAUCGUACUGGGGUUUAUGUUAUAUGUUGAUGAUAUCCUCAUUUCUCACAUUAAGAAAAUGUCAGGAAUCGUUUGUAUAAUGUUUGAUGCAUAACAUAUAAGAAUACAGACAUUUUGGCGACUUGUUAUUUCAUAUAUUUAACAUUAUUACAUUCCAGUUGUGCAACAACUGUGGCCUUUUAGAAAUGUCAAAUUGAGUGCAUGGAGCCAAAUAAUUUACAUACUCCGUAAAAUACUAUUUAGAUUGUCACAUAAUGGAUCAACUCUUUCACGUACAGUGCUUUACGCAAUGCAGUAGAUGCAUGAUACCAGAACCACACUACAGUCGUGGUCAAAGGUUUUGAGAAUGACACACAUAUUAAUUUUCACAAAGUCUGCUGCCUCAGUUUUUAUGAUGGCAAUUUGCAUAUACUCCAGAAUGUUAUGAAGAGUGAUCAGAUGAAUUGCAAUUAAUUGCAAAGUCCCUCUUUGCCAUGAAAAUGAACUUAAUCCCCCAAAAACAUUUCCACUGCAUUUCAGCCCUGCCACAAAAGGACCAGCUGACAUCAUGUCAGUGAUUCUCUCGUUAACACAGGUGAGAGUGUUGAUGAGGACAAGGCUGGAGAUCACUCUGUCAUGCUGAUUGAGUUAGAAUAACAGACUGGAAGAUUUAAAAGGAGGGUGGUGCUUGAAAUCAUUGUUCUUCCUCUGUUAACCAUGGUUACCUGCAAGGAAACAGGUGCCGUCAUCAUUGCUUUGCACAAAAAGUGUUUCACAGGCAAGGAUAUUGCUGCUAGUAAGAUUGCACCUAAAUCAACAAUUUAUCGGAUCAUCAAAUACUUCAAGGAGAGAGGUUCAAUUGUUGUGAAGAAGGCUUCAGGGCACCCAAGAAAGUCCAGCAAGGGCCAGGACCGUCUCCUAAAGUUGAUUCAGCUGCGGGAUCGGGGCACCACCAGUGCAGAGCUUGCUCAGGAAUGGCAGCAGGCAGGUGUGAGUGCAUCUGCACGCACAGUGAGGCAAAGACUUUUGGAGGAUGGCCUGGUGUCAAGAAGAGCAGCGAGGAAGCCACUUCUCUCCAGGAAAAACAUCAGGGACAGACUGAUAUUCUGCAAAAGGUACAGGGAUUGGACUGCUGAUGACUGGGGUAAAGUCAUUUUCUCUGAUGAAUCCCCUUUCCGAUUGUUUGGGGCAUCCGGAAAAAAGUUUGUCCGGAGAGGACAAGGUGAGCGCUACCAUCAGUCCUGUGUCAUGCCAACAGUAAAGCAUCCUGAGACCAUUCAUGUGUGGGGUUGCUUCUCAGCCAAGGGAGUGGGCUCACUCACAAUUUUGCCUAAGAACACAGCCAUGAAUAAAGAAUGGUACCAACACAUCCUCCGAGUGCAACUUCUCCCAACCAUCCAAGAACAGUUUGGUGACAAACAAUGCCUUUUCCAGCAUGAUGGAGCACCUUGCCAUAAGGAAAAAGUGAUAACUAAGUGGCUCGGGGAACAAAACAUCAACAUUUUGGGUCCAUGGCCAGGAAACUCCCCAGACUUUAAUCCCAUUGAGAACUUGUGGCCAAUCCUCAAAAGGCGGGUGGACAAACAAAAACCCACAAAUUCUGACAAACUCCAAGCAUUGAUUAUGCAAGAAUGGGCUGCCAUCAGUCAGGAUGCGGCCCAGAAGUUAAUUGACAGCAUGCCAGGGCGGAUUGUAAAGGUCUUGAAAAAGAAGGGUCAACACUGCGAAUAUUGACUCUUUGCAUAAACUUAAUGUAAUUGUCAAUAAAAGCCUUUGACACUUAUGGAAUGCUUGUAAUUAUACUUCAGUAUACCAUAGUAACAUCUGACAAAAAUAUCUAAAAACACUGAAGCAGCAAACUUUGUGAAGACCAAUACUUGUGUCAUUCUCAACUUUUGACCACGACUGUACUUCCAUGUAGAGGCUGUGCUUUUUGUCCUAUAGCAACCUUGAAAGUAGAUCUUAAAUGUUUAAUGAGAUUAGGUUUGGAGAUACAUCUACAUACAGUAUAAGCACCACCAUGUCCUGCUGGCUUGGAGCCAGGUGAAUUAGUGCUGCAACAGGGAAAAUGGUCACUGUGUGUGAGUGAGCGAGGUGCUUUAGUUUCCAUGUUCCUCUGUUUGCACAGGAACCGGCUAACCUCACUGUCAACCCUUUCACUGCACUCCAAGCCUGGUGCUGCGUACCAACACUUAAGUGUGUAUGUGUACAGGAGGCUGUUUGAGAUCUGGCUAAAUAUGUUUGUUAAAACGCUAUUUCCUACUAGGGACAAAAGGUGCCAUUCCUGUGUGCAGUGUUUGCAUACUGUGUAUAUAACUGACAUCAUCUGUCAAGACAAAGUUUUGCUUCCGGCCCUAGUCACAUUAUAACUUUUUUGCAUAACUGGUCUGAGGAUUGGCCAAGUGUUGAGUUGCUGGGCUAUUCAGAGAAGUGUCAGUGUAUUUUGAAUCCUGUUCAGAGGCUGUUAGAACAAGCAUAAUACCUCCAUCUCCUCUCGUCACAUUUCCAGUGUACUGCUUCUACGAGAGUUUUUAGAUUAUCCAAGUCAUAAUUGUGGUAAUCGCUGAAACUUUCACUAACUGACGAGCACAAAACCACUGCUUUUCACUUGGUAACAGUAGCUUAGAGGUGUAACAAGGUAGCUUUUAUAACGAAAAUAUAGUUUGUAUGUAACAUUUUUCUCAUCAAAUGGCGCCUCUCUGUGCAUCUCCCUUUUUCUGUCAGGUAAAUGUGUGAAGAUCCAGAGGAAGCAGGGCCUGUCGUCAGGCAUGGACAGCGGCAGCAACAAGCACUCCCCCAGCAACAAAAGGAGCGGGGCCCCCAGCCCAGUGGCCCUUAGGCCCCUGAGAGACCGCAUCAUCCACGUCCUGGCCUUAAAGCCCUACAGGAAGCCUGAGCUGCUGUUGUGGCUGGAGAGGGAGAGGGCCAGUCCCAAGGACAAGACUGACCUGGGAACAGUACUGGAUGAGGUGAGACCUGUAGAACACAACACGACACAACACUAAAAUUGUACUCCGGCACUAGGCUGCAGAUGCAUGUACAUGGUAGGCGCUGGUUUCACUAAGUGGAGAUAUAACUUAAUAAUGCACAACUUUUGCAUAUUGUAUUCCAAUUGUAAUGCAUUUGAAAUGAAUAAACAAUCUAUUUUGGUAAAUGAAACAUUUUAAAACAUCACAGCAACUUUCACGUUGAUAGAAAGGACAGGGUCUUUAAAAGUGCAAUUCUAAAUCCCUCCAGGGGUUCCUAAUGGAAACACUGUAGAGUAGCCGCUCUGUCUCCAUCGCUUGCUCUCUACAGCCACUCAGAAGCUAAUGCUAAUGGCUGCUUUUACAACCAAAUGUUGAGCAGCUAAGUGAUCUCAGUAGGUAUAUUUGAGGCGUGUUUCCUGUUCUGGGUAUGUUUGGAAGUCCCAGUGCAGUCAUACAAGGGGAGACUGUGUCGCUGCUGCCACUGCCUCUACUGGUAGCUGUAAUUAGAGCUGUGCUUUAAUUAUGUCUGGAGGAGAAGACAGUGUUUCGACAGGGGAGGGUGGGGUGUCUCCAGCCAGGCCAGGACUGCUCUGACAAAUGGAUGUUGUCUGUCACAGAGGCACUCUGGGUAGACUAGAUUUGGUACUGCAUUUGUGACUAAUUGGGCACAGUGCUAGUGUAACUGCUGUGUUUACUAUCAAUUACUUUAAUGGUGAACAAUGUAUUAUUGAACUUUGACAGCCUGCCAGUUGAGCCUUUCUUUUAACCGGGGUCAAAAGUGUAUCUAAUGCUACAGGGACAGAGGGUUCAAAUGUGUUUGUCAUUGAUUUGCAGGUUGCUAAACUGAACCCCAAAGACCACAGCUUUACUCUGAAGGAUGAGUUCUACAGGCACGUCCAGAAGGAUUGGCCCGGUUACCUAGAGGAAGAGAAGCCUCUCAUCCAUAGGCUCCUGGCCAGGUGGGUGUGGCUUGUACUUCUACUCACCUGUCUUCUCUACCAUCAUAUUCUCCUUCACAUUUUCACCACUGAAUAUUUAAAUAUUUACCUGUAUCAACAUGAUGUUGGUGUCAUGGCGGAGAGUCCCCUAGUCUGUAGUUUAUCUUCAUUUAACCUUGUAAGCGUCAGUAAUUGGAUAAUUACCUCUCCUCAGUAGCGGGGUGCUCUGAUGCUUUUUGACAACGUGCUGGCAUUGAGACUGCAGGCCCACUGGAUUACUGUGGCAGGCCGCUGUGAUCAUGGUGAAAGGAGAGACUCUAAAUGACUAUUUCUCUGCACAGAUGAAUUUCUUAAUGGACACAUCAAAGUGGGGAGAGAAAUAUUCUCUGCUUGGUGUUGCCAAAUAGCAUUAUUGUAGAGGAAGGUAGCCUGGCUGAGCUGUUCAGAAUGAGAGAGUGGACGUCAUCCCACGUUAAGUACGUGUCCUCUCCUGCCACUGGUCAGUUAGGGGGUGUGUUUCAUAAGCUUUUUGGAUGGUCCUCCUGCCUGCUUAUUGUUUCCCUUCUGUUUACACUACUCAGAUGUUCUAAAGAGAGCUCUGAAUGGGAGUGGACAGGUUGUUUUGCUGCAUGUACAGGAUAAGGUAGCUGUUGAUGUGGCUCAUCAGUGUAUGACCAAUAGUUUUUGAGAUCAGAGCCUUUCCCUAUAGUUUAUCCCAGAAAGUAACCAUAUUGCUGGAAGCCUAGUCUGUCAGAGGGUCUCAUGUCUGGAAUGUCCUGAAAGUCAGUGGUGCUUCCAUCAGAUUCCAUUGAUCAUGUAGUUGAAAAGGUCAUGUGGCUCCUGUGGGAGGUAUGAUUGAACUCUGAUUCCAGUGAGGUUUCUGUGAGGAAGGAGCUGGAGGAAACAGAUUGCCAGUUGAGAGAGGAGUGUUUGGCCUAACAGAGCCUGCAUCUGGCACCAUUGUUCUCCUCACUGAAGUGACUGGACACUGCUCUGUCUUAGUGCCUGCCUCUUGCAGAUGUAAUCUGUGUUCUGUAAACUAGAAACACUACAGACAGCUUAACACUUUGAAACAUGCUGACAAACUUGUCAGUUUCACCCUGAGGUCAAGUGUAGAUAAUGGGAGUGUAACAUCAUCUGUCUGACAAUGUGGUCUAUUUGUUCUUAUGCAAUAUUCAUGUCAACAGCGGCGUCAAGGUGGGCUUUGCUUGUAAUUGAUGUACCUUGAUCCUGAAGUUACAGUAACCAACUGGUUCUACCUGUUUUGUGUCAUGUUUUCCUCUGUUAACAUGGCCCCACUUCUCUCAUUUCGCUGUAAACCAUGCAGUUGGAGUUUGAACCAUUAUUUACUUAAGUGAUAAUGCCAGAGAAGUCGGUGUUUGGAGGAUAUAUUGGCGCGGGUGUUGUUUGUCGAGGGCCGGAAAACCGUGGCAACAUAUCCUCCAAACACCGGCUUCACGGGCAUUAUCACUUUUAUACAAUGGGUUACCAACAUAUUAAAAUAAUGAUUUACGUAUUUUCAUUAAAAACGUUAUUUUUAUUAAUUUAUUCAUUCUAUUUAAUCCUUCCACAAGAUAAAGUCCCGACACAAAUCUAGGGUUGCUACCCAAACCGACUGUUCUAUCGGUUCGGUUGCCAGAGUCGUUCAGUCUUUAUGUUCUGUAUCUAUGGGCGCGACCCAGUCGUUCGUUCUAAGUGUUCCAUUGCCAUACUGGCUGGCAACAUUUUUAUCCCUCGCUUGCUAGCUAGCCAACUACGGCUAACUUACAGUCAUGUCAAACACUAGUGCAGCCAGAAUAACAACAAAGUAGCUGCAUUUGCAUUUGUUUAAGCUGUUUUCUAGUGACAUUUAUUUGGAUACAUCCAUAACAAUGAGCUAAUGAUGCGCAAUUUCGCCUGCCGUAGAAAAUGUGAUCUCUGCUCAGGACACUGUUGUUCAGAGGAGCUAGCCAACAACACAGCUAACACAAUCACUUUAAACUGAAGCUGGAAAGACUGCAAACUAGCUGCACUUCAUUUCGUUUGACCUGUUUUCUAUUGAUAGUUCUUUGUAUAUAUCCAUAAAAAUUAUGCUGAUUCAUGAUUUUGACUGGCUGAGAAAAGCUGCCUGCCUGUCUGUCUCAUCCCGACUCGUUCAACAUUACUAUGGGACAGCUGGAGAUCGAAUUUGAAUAUUGAAACAAUGUUGCAAAUGUCGGAGAGACAGACAGCAAGGUUUAUUCAAAUCUCCGCUGUCAAAAACUAAAUGUUAGUCUAAAAUAAAUGUGCGAUAAUGUCUAGAUGCUUUUUAUAGUGGAUAUCAAGUUUAUAAAUUGCCUGUCUAGACUGAUGAGACAGUGGAUUUCACAGUCAGAUGGAACAGAGUAAAUAGGCCUUUUAACGUCAUAGAUUUAGCCGGUGGUAACUUGUGGAAUAGACACCGGCUGGAAUGCGGUUUUAACCAAUCAGCAUUCGGGAUUAGACCCACCCGUUGUAUAAAAACAAAUAAAUCUGUCCAAAAAUUAAGUUAAGCUUGAGUUAUCUGCCCUAACAUAAACAUAAUAGCAAAGUAAAAAUGUCUUCCCCUUCUAAUGUUGCAGGAAACUGCAGCCACUGAGCAGCAGUAGCCAGUUGAAGAGUUUCCAGUCAAACCAUUCAUUCCACAAAACCCCUGGGGAUUCUCCGUCACAACUCAGCCCGGUCAAGACUCCCUCUGUGGUAAAUACUCCCCUACCUAACUCUAAAAGAAUUCCUACAUCCUGCCCUUACUCAUUGUUUAUUUUCUUAAAAGCUUGAGAUUGAUUAGAAAUAAAAGAGAAUGCAGAGAUUAAUUUCAAGGGUUAAAUGAUUUCUGUUUGAAUAGUGGAUCAGUGUUAUGCCUUUUGACUUGGGCCUACUGCAGAAUAAGAUUGAGUAAAGGAGGAAUGAGAGGAACGUUUCUUGGUUUGGUCGCAUCUGCUUUUUAUUUAUGGGAGUGCUGGAGGCAGUUCAGUCACUGACAUUUUCAGGAGCCAGUUAGGAUGUUUUAAUGUAGCGGAGCCAUUCCUUUCACAUGUAGGGUAUGUUGGUCUUUGCUAAGUAGUAUUACAGGUAAAACCUCUUCUCUUCCCCUUCUCAUAGAAACGCCCAGUGCCCUCAGACCUAUCUGAUUGUCAGACCCCCAAGAAGCAAAGACUAUUAGACCACAGUUUACCGCUGCAGUCCCCUUCCAAUGGACACCUUGGUCCCAUUGGAGUCCUUAGCUCAUCUGGUCCAGGCAACACCAGUGUACAGACCAAAACAGAGUUUGAGAGAACCAACAAUCACGUCCAGGGAAGCCCUAAUGGUCUCUACACACGGCAUAAACUGGGUGGCUCCUCCAGUAUUCCCAAGCUGGAGAGGACAGAGCCGGUCCUAGCAGUACCAAGCCCCAAGGCUCUACAGACUGAGUCCUCCAUCUGCACUGACCAGCUGCUAGCCAACGGCCAGCACAAAAAGAAGAAGUCCAAGAAGCACAAAGACAAGGACCGGGAGCGCUUAAAACAGGACUGGAUAGAGAACAGUCCCGACCUGAAACCGAACCAGGAAAAUGUCAAUGGUAAGAAAAGCACCAUCUCAUUCCCAAUGUAAUUUUCAACUAAAUCUUAUAAUUUUGAGGCCUUGUUGACGGGAAUGAUAGCAGAAAAGAACAUGUUGAUAAUGAUACUGUAAUGACAUCAAAGGAUAUAUUUACAGCACCUCUGGUCUAUGACCACCUUGAAAUCAGAGCAGUUUAAUAAUUUACAAGAACCACCUAAUCAGUGUAUUUGAGCCAACAAGAUUACAGGAAAGACUGCCCAGUAUUUGUAUACAUACGAAUAAACACUCUCCAUAUACAUAAACACUGUCAUAAAAACGUUCCAGUAUUAUGAAUCUUCAAAGGGAUCGGUACCCAAUAGGUUAGGUGACUUAUCUAGAUAUACGGCUCACAGUGAAUUGCUGUAGGUUUUAAACAGAGUGACAAUAAAUAAAUGAUCUGAAGAGCAUUUCCAGUGGAAAGGGUGCUGUGUAUGUAGCUUCCGUUAGCACCACCCAUCCCUUUCCCUGGCUAGUGUGUAGAUGAUUGACUGUGGAACAGCUGGGUGACCCACGGUCCAUCGAGUCAGCAGGCUGCUCUGCCUCGCAAUCUGGGGCACUUCUGUAGCAGGUCUCGUAUCAGUAGUAGUGAUAAAUGACUCCAUCAGCCUUGGUAUGAUAUGAGUUUUAUCACGUUUGCAUUGGCAGAUUACAUUAACCUUUUUUUCUCUGCUUCUUUUUAUCUCCAGACCAUGAGGGGGCUAAAACACCUGUCACUCGUACCUCACCGGAGGAGCUGCCCGACUAUUUAAUGUAAGUUCAAACACACUGCUUCAUUCAUAAGUCCUCCAGAAUCGGGUUGCUGAGUUGUACUUCUAGGUUGAUAAGUUAUGUGAAACCCAUUCAAGCUGUAAACAUGGUACAUGUGAAGCCAGUAUGUGCUUUCAAAUGCUCAGGUUCUGUUGCUGCCAUCUGUUGCUUCAAUGUUUUUGUUUAAUGGUAUGACUACUUUAGUCCCUUUUGUUGUGAAAGGAAAGUGAUUUGUUCCAAAAGGUCUGGAUUCGGCUUGAAAACAUUCACAUAAAUAGUGGAAAAUGUGGAAGUUUAAAUGGUCUGUCAAAUGUGCAAUAAUAACACAGCUUCACUGAGAAUGACUUAAAAAAGGUGAGAGGCGCAUGCGCGUACUGAUAGGAUGCAUGGGGUGUGAGUAGCUCCGUUUUGUACUGACAAAACUGUGGUUAUAUGUACAAACCAGACAAAGUUUAAAUCAAGCCUCUAAAAUCGAUAAAUCAACACAUCCCCUAGCAACUGGGAGAGUGUGAGUGAUCAGUUAUGUACAACAGCGAACCAAUAAGUUGGUAAAGCGGCACGGUGACACGAGUCCAACAAGCCAUGGCUUUCCCCAGAGGAAAAGACAAGGAGCAACUUGGAGAUGCAAAUGAGUGUAAUGAACAGUUAAAGGCUAUCCAGGAAAACAUAGCUAAAAUGCUCUCAAUGCACAACAAAACAAACUUCUACAAUAUGUUAUUACAAAAUGAGAUUAGCUCGAAAAGAAAGUAGAGGCUAUCGUGUCAGUCACAUGUGCAUGAACGAACAAGACAACAAAAUGUGCCUUUUGGAAACAAAGUUGCAAAAUGUAGAAGAUGAAUUGGACGAAACAACAUGAGAAUUUUGUCCUUACCGGAAGAAGAGUAAAAAGGAGACCUUUCCAGCUAAGUGGUCAAACUGAUAUCAGAAGAACUUGACGUGGAUAUAUCACCAGAAGAUAGGAGAACGCUAAAUACCCACGCCUGGUAAUCUUCAAACUGUGGAACUAUCGGUCAAAAAUAAACAUUCUGAGGUCACAGGGGGGAAAGGAGAUCAAAAUCCACGGCUGGUCCAUUCGAUUGGUCCAGGACCUGUCUGCUAGGAUGAGAGAGACGCAAGGAAUACAUUCCGAUCAGACAGACACUGGAGGAAAAGGGGAUCAAGUCUCAGCUCCGCUUCCCGGCAGUGCUGUGGGUAUCGAAGGGAAUGCAAAGGAUGGAAUUCAUAAGCGUCAGUGAAUCCUUAAUCAAGCUACAAGAAACCUUCCCAGUUGAAGGAGGAUAGCCCCCUGCUCUGAGAAGAGGGCAAAGUAGGAAAAAACGAUGAGCGCACUAGGCUACAUACAGUGAUGCCUAACACCAGUUUAUCGUAAAUUGAGACUAUAUCCUUCCCCCCCCCAAUACAAUCUAUACUUUCUCCAAGUAAUUUUUUUUCUCUAUGAAGUAACGAUAGAAGUAGCCGAUGCCAAUGGGCUACAUGGACACUAAAAAGACCAUUCAAAAGGGGAAAUAUAGUGUGUGUGAAUGGGAGUGUGAGGGAAAGUGAGGGAUGAUGAAUAUGCAUGGGAGAGAAUGGGUGUGUGGAUACAUAGGAUGGAUGUUGGGGGGGAAUAAAUGAGAAUGGAUGAGUAAGUCGAUGGAUGGGUGUAAGUGUGUCAGAGGUAUAAUGUUUGGCAUCAGACACUUUUUUUGAAGUAUGUGUGGGGUCUCCGCUCAUCUCACUUCAGUCUCUCGGUGGACCCACUCUCCCCAAGUAGAGCCCCACCAGCCACUAUGCUUUAAUUGAAUUUACAAAGUAAUACAAACUGACCACAAUACUUAAGUGACAGUCUUUCUCCAAUAUAUAAAUGACAUAAUCCACAGUACAUUAGGAGAUGAGUUGGAGCUUAAAAGCACUAAAAAGAAAAACUUUGUUUUAUGUUUUUUGUGUGUUCUCUGUUAAAUGUCUGCUCAGUCCCACAUGCCCACAUGCUCUAUACUGUAUAUGUAAUGUCUAAUAACUAUGUAUUCAUACUAUGACUCUCCCAUUCCAUGGAUUGCCCAUCGCCCUCAUAUGACAUGUUAUAUCUGGUUCUUGAAUGACAGACGGAACAGACAAGGUUAACUUAGAUUUUAUACAACUAAAGACCAACAAAAUCCAAUUUAUUACAUGGAAUGUGCACAGGCUCCAUGAUGAAAACAACAACAACAAAAAGCAUAUGGUUCUUGAACACAGAGAUUGUCAGCAGUUACAUUUUUAAAAAAAAUAAGAAAUUGAAUAUUUAAAGAGGAGAUAGGUUGGAGAGGCCUAUGCUGCCACCUACUGUAUCAAUCUAAUUCAAUCACAUUUAUUUAUAAAGCCCUUUUUACAUCAGCAGAUGUCACAAAGUGCUUAUACAGAAACCCAGCCUAAAACCCCAAAGAGCAAGCAAUGCAAUGUAGAAGCAUGGUGGCUAGGAAAAACUCCCUAGAAAGGCAGGAACCUAGGAAGAAACCUAGAGAGGAACCAGGCUCUGAGGGGUGGCCAGUCCUCUUCUGGCUAUGCCGGGUGGAGAUUAUAAGAGUACAUGGCCAUUUAAGGCCAGAUCGUUCUUCAAGAUGUUCAAAUGUUCAUAGAUGACCAGCAGGGACAAAUAAUAAUCACAGUGGUUGUAGAGGGUGCAACAGGUCAGCACCUCAGGAGUAAAUGUCAGUUGGCUUUUCAUAGGUCGAGACAGCAGGUAUGGUAGAGAGGGGGAGAGGGAGAGAGAGAGCACACGGACCAAGAAGGCCCAGCACACGGACCAAGAAGGCCCAGCACACGGACCAAGAAGGCCCAGCACACAGACCAAGAAGGCCGUUUUCUAAUGUUGAAUUGUACCUUUAUAUGGGGAAAAAUACACAUUGAUUUAAUUGUACAGUGGGGAGAACAAGUAUUUGAUACACUGCCGAUUUUGUAGGUUUUCCUACUUACAAAGCAUGUAGAGGUCUGUAAUUUUUAUCAUAGGUACACUUCAACUGUGAGAGACGGAAUCUAAAACAAAAAUCCAGAAAAUCACAUUGUAUGAUUUUUAAGUAAUUAAUUUGCAUUUUAUUGCAUGACAUAAGUAUUUGAUCACCUACCAACCAGUAAGAAUUCCGGCUCUCACAGACCUGUUAGUUUUUCUUUAAGAAGCCCUCCUGUUCUCCACUCAUUACCUGUAUUAACAGCACCUGUUUGAACUCGUUACCUGUAUAAAAGACACCUGUCCACACACUCAAUCAAACAGACUCCAACCUCUCCACAAUGGCCAAGACCAGAGAGCUGUGUAAGGACAUCAGGGAUAAAAUUGUAGACCUGCACGAGGCUGGGAUGGGCUACAGGACAAUAGGCAAUCAGCUUGGUGAGAAGGCAACAACUGUUGGCGCAAUUAUUAGAAAAUGGAAGAAGUUCAAGAUGACGGUCAAUCACCCUCGGUCUGGGGCUCCAUGCAAGAUCUCACCUCGUGGGGCAUCAAUGAUCAUGAGGAAGGUGAAGGAUCAGCCCAGAACUACACGGCAGGACCUGGUCAAUGACCUGGGACCACAGUCUCAAAGAAAACCAUUAGUAACAUACUAUGCCGUCAUGGAUUAAAAUCCUGCAGCGCACGCAAGGUCCCCCUGCUCAAGCCAGCGCAUGUCCAGGCCCGUCUGAAGUUUGCCAAUGACCAUCUGGUUGAUCCAGAGGAGGAAUGGGAGAAGGUCAUGUGGUCUGAUGAGACAAAAAUAGAGCUUUUUGGUCUAAACUCCACUCGCCGUGUUUGGAGGAAGAAGAAGGAUGAGUACAACCCCAAGAACACCAUCCCAACCGUGAAGCAUGGAGGUGGAAACAUCAUUCUUUGGGGAUGCUUUUCUGCAAAGGGGACAGGACGACUGCACCGUAUUGAGGGGAAGAUGGAUGGGGCCAUGUAUCGUGAGAUCUUGGCCAACAACCUCCUUCCCUCAGUAAGAGCAUUGAAGUUGGGUCGUGGCUGGGUCUUCCAGCAUGACAACGACCCGAAACACACAGCCAGGGCAACUAAGGAGUGGCUCCGUAAGAAGCAUCUCAAGGUCCUGGAGUGGCCUAGCCAGUCUCCAGACCUGAACCCAAUAGAAAAUCUUUGGAGGGAGCUGAAAGUCCGUAUUGCCCAGCGACAGCCCCGAAACCUGAAGGAUCUGGAGAAGGUCUGUAUGGAGGAGUGGGCCAAAAUCCCUGCUGCAGUGUGUGCAAACCUGGUCAAGACCUACAGGAAACGUAUGAUCUCUGUAAUUGCAAACAAAGGUUUCUGUACCAAAUAUUAAGUUCUGCUUUUCUGAUGUAUCAAAUACUUAUGUCAUGCAAUAAAAUGCAAAUUAAUUACUUAAAAAUCAUACAAUGUGAUUUUCUGGAGAAAAAAAAUUGAUUCCGUCUCUCACAGUUGAAGUGUACCUAUGAUAAAAAUUACAGACCUCUACAUGCUUUGUAAGUAGGAAAACCUGCAAAAUCGGCAGUGUAUCAAAUACUUGUUCUCCCCACUGUAUAUCCCACCAGGGGCAAAUCUGGUGUUUAGAUAGAAUUCAAGCUAAAUUAGAUCAAAUCCUGACAAUAACUAUUAUUCUAGCAGGUGACUGAAAUCAUAUGUUCGAUAAGAUUGACAGACGUAGUAACAAAAAAUACUAAUUCAAGGAGCUUCCAAUGAGGCUGAAAUGUACUACAUUUUGUUCUUCUAAAUAUGCUCUCAACAAUUUACUGGGUUCAAAAAUCCAUGACCUAGUGAUAUCGGAUCAUUCUCCGGUAUCAUGCUUAAUUACUCCAACAGAAAAUACAAUUAGCAACAGAAUAUGGAGAAUGAACAGUGCGCAUCUUCAAGUCACGAAAAUGUAUUAAAUUCAUAAAUAAAUAAAUAAAAACUUUUCCAUUACAAAUGUAGACAUAGAUGACAGAGAAAAGCCGACCCCCGAUAUAUAUCUGGGUUGCUUUUAAGGCGUACAUUAGGGGGAAUGAUAAUCUCAUACUCUGUGAAAGUUAAAUCUGAGUUAGAAAUGUAAAUUAAAGGAAAAUAAAUCCCAAUAAUAAAAAAAUAGCCCAUUAAAAAAAAUCUUUACAAUGUAAAGAAGAAAAUAAACAUGUCAGAAUUUAAGCAGCGAUUAUAUUUUACUUUUGUAGAGCGACUACAGGUUAAACUCAAAUAAAGCAUACUAAUUAAUGGCAAUUAAACAUGGUAAACAUCUCUCAGCCCUCACAAAAUGAAUACACCAUUUUAAAAGAUAAAGAUCAAAAUGUGUUAAUUAGAAACAAUGUGAUUUAAUGACAAUUUUAAAAGCGUCUAUGAAAAUCGAUAUAAAUCAGAAUUAAACAACUGUUGGACUGAUCCUACAGCCUUCAUAGACUCAACAACCCUGAAGCAUUUAUCAGCAGACAUAAAAUAAUCACUAAAAGAAAAGAUCACCCAAAAUGAAAUAUUAGAUACUGUUAAAGCAUUUGCGCAGAGAAAAGCACCAGGAAUGGAUGACUUUCCCAUAGAAUUCUAUUUAACAUUUUAGGACAAAGUAGCGCCCCUAUUUACACAAAUGACAACACACGUCAGUCAAUUCAGUGCUUCCUAGUUCUAUGUAUCAAAUGGUUAUUUCAGUUAUAUUAAAACGAGGAAAAUCUGGAGAAUCCCCUGCUGGUUACAGACCCAUAAGUUUAAUAAAUUGUGACAAUAAAAUAAUAACAAAGCUCAUAAGCAAUACAAUGGCAAAAGUCUUACCAGACUUGAUACAUAUCAAUCAAACAGGGUUUAUUAAAAAUAGACACAAAUACAAGAACAUGUUUCAGUUUAAUACAUACAAUACGCUAAAAAACAAGAUAUAGAUUGAUCAAUAAUGGCUGUUGAUGCCGAAAAGUAUUUUGACCGUCUUGAAUGGUCUUUCUAUUCAAAACUUUGGAAGCUUUCAACUUUACAGCAAAAAAUACAAAUAAAAAUGACAAUAUUAUAUAAAUGUCCUAAAGCAAAAAUAUACACAAAUCAUACAUUAUCUGAUGAAAUGGCUUUAGAAAGGGGCACAAGACAGGAUGUCCCCUCUCCCCCCUCCUGUUUGCACUGGCAAUUGAACCGAUUGCAGAAAGAAUUAGACAGGGCUCAAACAUAACAGGUAUCAGUAUUGGUAAACAUGAAUAUAAACUAAACUUAUUUGCAGAUUAUCUCCUGAUAUAUCUGACCACUAUUGAAAACUCAAUGCCCCCCUUGCUAAAAAUAUUUUCAGAAUACUCUAAAAUCUCAGGAUAUAAAAUGAACGUGGAAAACCCCCGAAAUAAUGGCAAUAUGAAAAAUAAUAACUCAUGAUCUUCAGCAAUCCUUUAAGUGGACCACAAAAAAUAUAAAAUACUUAGGAUGCUUAAUAAGUUACAACAAAUAUAUAAAGAUAACUUUGUCCCAUUACUCAACAAUAUGGAAACAGAUCUAAUUAAAUGGAACAAUCUUCCCAUAAAUCUUACAGGUAGAAUAAACCUCUUCAGAAUGAUCUGGCUCCCAAAGUUUGUAUAUUUAUUCUCGGUAAUAGCAAUUACCCCACCGAAGACAUUAUUUUAAAAAGUAUAAUCGGUCAUAACAGACUUGAAAUGGGCAAAUAAAACUCAUAAAAUAGGAAGAUGUAAAACUUUCCUUUUUAAGUCUGAGGGUGUGUUUUAACCUUCCAGACUUGGAAUUGUAUCAAUUGUAUCAAUUUACUUGCGACCAUAUAGUUAAAUGCACUACAGAAGAACAAUGGGUACAUAUUGAAGAUGCGCAUGCUCAUCUUUUCACUUGUCUAUUUUCAAAGGAUAAAGCUAAGAACAUUAAGAACUUCUUAGUUAAGAACACUAUAACAAUAUGGAAAAAAAUUAAACUUAUUCUACAAGAGCCAAUAUCACUCCCUAGAAACACAACCCUAUGGAACAAUCCUUGGAUAGCUUUUCGUAAUUCUCCGAUAAAUUGGUCCACAUGGAAAACUAAAGGCAUAGUAACCGUAAAUGUUUUUUUUUUGUAGGGGGUAGAUCAGCUUUAAUAUUGCAGAUAGAUUGUAACUUCCAUCAAUGUAAUUGUCUGCAUCACUUCCAAUCCCCCAUAUAUAUUUUUUCGCAUAUACACUACCUUUCAAAAGUUUGGGGUCACUUAGAAAUGUCCUUGUUUUCGAAAGAAAAGUAUAUUUUUUGUCCAUUUAAAAUAACAUCAAAUUGAUCAGAAAUACAGUGUAGACAUUGUUAAUGUUGUAAAUGGCUAUUGUAGCUGGAAACGGCUGAUUAAAAAAAAAUGGAAUAUCUACAUAGGCGUACAGAGGCCAUUAUCAGCAACCAUCUGUGUUCCAAUGGCACGUUGUGUUUGCUAAUCCAAGUUUAUCAUUUUUAAAGGCUAAUUGAUCAUUAGAAAACCCUUUCGCAAUUAUGUUAGCACAGCUGAAAAAGUUACUUUCCAACCCCACCACCCCUCCCCUAAUUGGAGUAAACUAGUGGACAACAACGCUUAGGCCUCUACUUCCAGCUUAUACAUACUAUAUACAUUUUAUGGACACAGUCAAUUUUACAAUAGUUCUAUUUUGUUAGUUUUUACUCCUGAACUUCAUCUACCCUCAACCUCUCCGAUCAUUUUCAUGAUGUCCAUCCGGUUUGCUUCUAUAUGUCAUAUCUUUCAAACUGUGCUUUUUCACAAAAGUUCUUAACCUAUAACCUAUAUACUUAUUAUGGACAUAGUAUGUUUUACAUUAGUUAUCUUGUUGUUAUUAGUUGUUAUUAGUCCCAACCUUCAGCUCCAUUCAACCCCUCCCAUUCAACCGUAAAUGACUUGGUAAUAGGAAAUACAUUUAUUUCCAUUACAGAAUUCAGAAGCAAUUUUAGACUGUCCACUGUAGAUAUUCUUAAAUACAUGCAACUUAAAAGUUUCAUAUCACGAAAUUUCGAUUUGAAAUCUUUUGGACAUCAGAGCAAUCUUGAGGGAAUCUUAUUUGAGUCAGAAGAUGAUAUUCAUAUGAUGCACUAUAUAUACAAAAGUAUCUGGACACCCCUUCAAAUUAGUGGAUUUGGCUAUUUCAGCCACACUCUUUGCUGAGAGGUGUAUAAAAUCGAGCACACAGCCAUGCAAUCUCCAUAGACAAACAUUGGCAGUAGAAUGGCCUUACUGAAGAGCUCAGUGACUUUCAACGUGGCACCAUCAUAGAAUGCCACCUUUCCAACAAGUCAGUCCGUCAAAUUUCUGCUCUGCUAGAGCUGCCCCGGUCAACUGUAAGUGCUGUUAUUGUGAACUGGAAAUGUCUAGGAGAGACAACGGCUCAGCCUUGAAGUGGUAGGCCACACAAGGUCACAGAAUGGGACCGCUGAAGCGUGUAGAAAUCGUCUGUCCUCGGUUGCAACACUCACUACAGAGUUCCAAACUGCCUCUGGAAGCAACAUCAGCACAAUAACUGUUUGUCGGGAGCUUCGUGAAAUGGGUUUCCAUAGCCGAGCAGCCGCACACAAGCCUAAGAUCACCAUACGUAAUGCCAAGUGUCGGCUGGAGUGGUGUAAAGCUCGCCGCCAUUGGACUCUGGAGCGGUGGAAACGCGUUCUCUGGAGUGAUGAAUCACGCUUCACCAUCUGGCAGUCCGACGGACGAAUCUAGGUUUGGCGGAUGCCAGGAGAACGCUACCUGCCCCAAUGCAUAGUGCCAACUGUAAAGUUUGGUGAAAGAGGAAUAAUGGUCUGGGACUGUUUUUCAUGGUUCGGGCUCCUUAGUUCCAGUGAAGGGAAAUCUUAAUGCUACAGCAUACAAUGACAUUCUAGAUGAUUCUGUGCUUCCAACAUUGUGGCUACAGUUUGGGGAAGGCCCUUUCCUGUUUCAGCAAGACAGUGCCCCCGUGCACAAAGCGAGGUCCGUACAGAAAUGGUUUGUCGAGAUCGGCGUUGAAGAACUUGACUGGCCUGCACAGAGUCCUGACCUCAACCCCAUCAAACACCUUUGGGAUAAAUUGGAAUGCCGACUGCGAGCCAGGCCUUAUCGAUAAACAUCAGUGCCCGAUCUCACUAAUGCUCUUGUGGCUGAAUGGAAGCAAGUCCCCGCAGCAAUGUUCCAACAUCUAGUGGAAAGCCUUCCCAGAAGAGUGGAGGCUGUUAUAGCAGCAAAGGGGGGACCAACUACAUAUUAAUGCCAUGAAUGAGAUGUUUGACGAGCAGGUGUCCACAUACUUUUGGUCAUGUAGUGUAGGUAAGAUAUACAAAGCUUUGCAGAGAGCCUAUCCAACUGACAAUCUCUUAGAAAAAAAUAUAUAAACUAUUGGAACCAAGACUUUAAAAUAACUGAUAUUGGCACAAGCUGGAGGGAAUGUUGGAACAUAACUAACGAAACUACAGUUAACGAAAAUGUACACUUAAUCCAGUAUAAACUAAUGUAUAGAAUUUAUACACAUUUUACAGCACAAUGGCGGAGUCCAUGUCUUAAGUGUAAAACUAACAAUGACUCAAUCCAUGCCUUCUGGGAAUGCUAUAAAGUCCGAAAGUUAUGGGUGGCGUUAGAAAGUUGGCUAUCAGAAGUAUUACAAUGUAAAUGUACUUUUAAUCCGUCUGUCUGCAUAUUUCAAGACAUGCAUAUGAGUGAGCAGUGAGAUUCCCGACGGGUUGGACGAUACUUUUCUUAUCAAUCAUCUUGACAAAACAUAUACUUAAACUCAAUGGAAAGGUAAAAUGCUUUAUUAUCUAAAUGUUGAAAGUGUGUGGGCGACGGAGAGAAACAAAAUGGGGGGGGGGGGUUUGGUAGGUCCGAUGUCGUUGAUGUUUGUGUGCAUCUGUAUGCUGUCGUUUUUAUGUGUAGGUUUUGUGUUAUAAAAUAAAAUAAGAGAGUGACUUAGAAAACAAAUGAUCUAGGAGCAGCAGGUAGCCUAGCAGUUAAGUUCGUUGGGCUGGUAACCAAAAAUGUGCUGGUUCGAUUCCCCGAGCCAACUUGGUGUCGAUGUCCCCUUGAGCAAGGCACUUAACCCUAAUUGCUCCAGGGUCGCCAUCUAUAAAUGGCAGAUCCCUGGCCGUGACCCCACUCUCUGAGGGUGUCUCAGGGGGAGUGGAAUAUGCGAAAAACAAAUGUCCAAUUCACAUGUGUAUAAUACACACUUGUACAAGAAAUGGGACAAAUGUGAGCACCUAAUUAUUAGGAUCUAAUGUCUUACAUUUCUACAUCUUGUGAACAAAUCUCUUUGUGAAGUCAUUGGGGAGUCAUAGGCCAUCACUCUGCUAAUCUGCAGUGCCACCUGCUGGAAAGAACAAUGAAUGUUUAUAUUUCUACCUCCUGAUGUGGCCAUUCCACGUUGCCUGUCAGAGCUGGCCAGACCAGACCAUAGUGGAUGCAUGCCAUGCACCUGUGGUUGUUGAAAUUACAGCUCACAAGAUGUUGGUCUCUCUUUCCAGAAAGUACAACACCAUCACAGCCUCAGAACAGCGACAACAGUACAAGCAGGAUUUCUGUGCAGAGUACGAUGAGUACAGGGCCCUGCACGACCGGAUCGGUACUAUCACUGAGAUGUUUGUUCAGCUGGGUUCCAAGAUAAACACACUGUCCCCCGGUACACAGGAAUACAAGGUAUGAGCAAGGAACUGACAUCACUUCCACACACACCACAAAACACUUCUGGUUAAACAGUUGAAGACCUGGCUUCAUGUACUUUCAAGGAUUUACUAAAUGUCUUGUAUUUUUCCACCCUUACAGCUCAUGGAGGAACAAAUACUGCAGAAAUAUAGAAAGUAUAAGAAAGUAAGUAAUGCAUGAGCAGCAAAUAUCAUGUAAUUAUUGUAUAGCCUGUCUUCUGCUAAAUGACGUAAAUGUAAUGUAAUGUUAUCUACUGUAGCCUAUAUGCCUGUAUGGAUAUCACAAAUAACUUUAACUGAUACCAGUGAUAUGAAUCUAAUUAGAAUCGGACAACUUUUCCCAUAUACAGUGGGGGAAAAAAGUAUUUAGUCAGCCACCAAUUGUGCAAGUUCUUCCACUUAAAAAGAUGAGAGGCCUGUAAUUUUCAUCAUAGGUACACGUCAACUAUGACAGACAAAAUGAGAAAAAAAAAUCCAGAAAAUCACAUUGUAGGAUUUUUAAUGAAUUUAUUUGCAAAUUAUGGUGGAAAAUAAGUAUUUGGUCAAUAACAAAAGUUUCUCAAUACUUUGUUAUAUACCCUUUGUUGGCAAUGACACAGGUCAAACGUUUUCUGUAAGUCUUCACAAGGUUUUCACACACUGUUGCUGGUAUUUUGGCCCAUUCCUCCAUGCAGAUCUCCUCUAGAGCAGUGAUGUUUUGGGGCUGUCGCUGGGCAACACGGACUUUCAACUCCCUCCAAAGAUUUUCUAUGGGGUUGAGAUCUGGAGACUGGCUAGGCCACUCCAGGACCUUGAAAUGCUUCGUACGAAGCCACUCCUUCGUUGCCUGGGCGGUGUGUUUGGGAUCAUUGUCAUGCUGAAAGACCCAGCCACGUUUCAUCUUCAAUGCCCUUGCUGAUGGAAGGAGGUUUUCACUCAAAAUCUCACGAUACAUGGCCCCAUUCAUUCUUUCCUUUACACGGAUCAGUCGUCCUGGUCCCUUUGCAGAAAAACAGCCCCAAAGCAUGAUGUUUCCACCCCCAUGCUUCACAGUAGGUAUGGUGUUCUUUGGAUGCAACUCAGCAUUCUUUGUCCUCCAAACACGACGAGUUGAGUUUUUACCAAAAAGUUCAAUUUUGGUUUCAUCUGACCAUAUGACAUUCUCCCAAUCCUCUUCUGGAUCAUCCAAAUGCACUCUAGCAAACUUCAGACGGGCCUGGACAUGUACUGGCUUAAGCAGGGGGACACGUCUUGCACUGCAGGAUUUGAGUCCCUGGCGGCGUAGUGUGUUACUGAUGGUAGGUUUUGUUACUUUGGUCCCAGCUCUCUGCAGGUCAUUCACUAGGUCCCCCCGUGUGGUUCUGCGAUUUUUGCUCACCGUUCUUGUGAUCAUUUUGACCCCACGGGGUGAGAUCUUGCGUGGAGCCCCAGAUCGAGGGAGAUUAUCAGUGGUCUUGUAUGUCUUCCAUUUCCUAAUAAUUGCUCCCACAGUUGAUUUCUUCAAACCAAGCUGCUUACCUAUUGAAGAUUCAGUCUUCCCAGCCUGGUGCAGGUCUACAAUUUUGUUUCUGGUGUCAUUUGACAGCUCUUUGGUCUUGGCCAUAGUGGAGUUUGGAGUGUGACUGUUUGAGGUUGUGGACAGGUGUCUUUUAUACUGAUAACAAGUUCAAACAGGUGCCAUUAAUACAGGUAACGAGUGGAGGACAGAGGAGCCUCUUAAAGAAGAAGUUACAGGUCUGUGAGAGCCAGAAAUCUUGCUUGUUUGUAGGUGACCAAAUACUUAUUUUCCACCAUAAUUUGCAAAUAAAUUCAUAACAAAUCCUACAAUGUGAUUUUCUGGAUUUUUUUUAUUCUCAUUUUGUCUGUCAUAGUUGACGUGUACCUAUGAUGAAAAUUACAGGCCUCUCUCAUCUUUUUAAGUGGGAGAACUUGCACAAUUGGUGGCUGACUAAAUACUUUUUUCCCCCACUGUACUACAUGCCCCUCUGCCUUGACCAUGUCACCAUAAUGCCAGCUCUCUGACACCCCUCUGCCUUGUCUUUGCAGAAGUUCCCUGGUUACCGGGAAGAGAAGAAGCGAUGCGAGUAUCUGCAUCAGAAACUUUCCCACAUCAAAGGUCUGAUCCUGGACUAUGACCGUACCCAGGCCCCUUCA